GAAGACAUUGCCGCCACCGAAGGCGGAGGAGGGGGAGGACGGCCAAGAGCGACGCCGCCGGUGCCCAACGGUCGGUGUUCCCGGCUGAGGCAGCGCGGCCGCAGCAGCCCUGUUUGAUCUGUGGAUGAAAUGAAUCAUGAUUUUCAAGCUCUUGCACUAGAAUCUCGGGGAAUGGGAGAGCUUUUGCCUACCAAAAAGUUUUGGGAACCUGAUGAUUCAACAAAAGAUGGACAAAAAGGCAUAUUUCUUGGGGAUGAUGAAUGGAGAGAGACUGCAUGGGGAACUUCUCAUCAUUCAAUGUCCCAGCCUAUUAUGGUGCAGAGAAGAUCUGGACAGGGUUUUCAUGGAAACAGUGAAGUAAAUGCAAUAUUGUCUCCUCGAUCAGAAAGUGGAGGCCUUGGCGUGAGCAUGGUAGAAUAUGUACUAAGUUCUUCUCCUGCUGAUAAAUUGGAUUCUCGUUUCAGGAAAGGAACUUUUGGCACUAGAGAUGCUGAAACAGAUGGACCUGAGAAAGGAGAUCAAAAAGGCAAGGCUUCUCCAUUUGAGGAGGACCAAAACAGAGAUCUUAAACAAGGAGAUGAUGAUGAUUCUAAAAUAAAUGGCAGAGGUUUGCCAAAUGGAAUGGAUGCCGAUUGCAAAGAUUUUAAUCGUACUCCUGGAAGUCGUCAAGCCUCUCCAACUGAAGUAGUUGAGCGCCUCGGCCCCAAUACUAAUCCCCCAGAAGGAUUGGGUCCUCUUCCUAAUCCUACAGCUAAUAAGCCACUUGUUGAGGAAUUUUCAAAUCCUGAAACUCAGAAUCUGGAUGCCAUGGAACAAGUUGGUCUGGAUUCCUUACAGUUUGACUAUCCUGGUAACCAGGUACCCAUGGACUCUUCAGGAGCUACUGUAGGCCUCUUUGAGUACAAUUCCCAGCAGCAGCUCUUUCAGAGAACUAAUGCACUAACAGUUCAGCAGUUAACUGCAGCUCAACAGCAGCAAUAUGCAUUAGCAGCAGCUCAGCAGCCACAUAUAGCUGGUGUGUUCUCAGCAGGCCUUGCUCCAGCUGCAUUUGUGCCAAAUCCAUAUAUUAUUAGUGCUGCUCCUCCGGGGACCGAUCCAUAUACUGCAGCAGGAUUGGCUGCAGCAGCAACAUUAGCAGGUCCAGCCGUGGUUCCACCUCAGUAUUAUGGUGUUCCAUGGGGGGUGUAUCCAGCCAACUUAUUUCAGCAACAAGCUGCAGCUGCAGCAAACAAUACAGCCAAUCAGCAAGCAGCCUCACAAGCUCAGCCUGGACAGCAACAGGUUCUUCGUGCUGGAGCAGGCCAGCGUCCUCUUACUCCCAAUCAGGGUCAGCAAGGGCAGCAAGCAGAAUCACUUGCAGCAGCUGCAAAUCCAGCUUUGGCAUUUGGUCAGGGUCUUGCUACAGGCAUGCCAGGUUAUCAAGUACUAGCUCCAACUGCCUAUUAUGAUCAGACCGGUGCCUUAGUGGUUGGCCCUGGAGCAAGAACUGGCCUUGGAGCUCCAGUUCGAUUAAUGGCUCCAACACCUGUUUUAAUUAGUUCAGCAGCAGCACAGGCUGCAGCAGCAGCAGCAGCAGCUGGAGGAACUGCAAACAGUCUUACAGGCAGUACAAAUGGUCUGUUUCGGCCAAUUGGCACACAGCCACCUCAGCAGCAGCAGCAGCAGCAGCCAAGCACUAAUCUGCAGUCUAAUUCAUUUUACGGGAGCAGUUCUUUGACUAAUAGCUCCCAGAGCAGUUCUUUGUUUUCUCAUGGACCUGGUCAACCUGGAAGUACAUCUCUUGGAUUUGGAAGUGGUAGUUCUUUGGGUGCUGCUAUAGGCUCAGCUCUCAGUGGAUUUGGUUCAUCAGUUGGCAGUUCUGCAAGUAGUAGUGCCACAAGGAGAGAGUCUCUAUCUACUAGCUCUGACUUGUACAAAAGAUCUAGUAGCAGCCUAGCACCCAUAGGGCAACCAUUUUACAAUAGUCUGGGAUUUUCCUCCUCUCCAAGUCCAAUAGGCAUGCCUCUGCCAAGCCAAACUCCAGGACAUUCACUUACGCCACCGCCAUCACUUUCAUCACAUGGAUCCUCAUCCAGUUUGCAUUUAGGAGGACUGACAAAUGGUAGUGGACGAUAUAUCUCUGCAGCACCUGGAGCAGAAGCAAAAUAUCGAAGUGCUUCAAGCACUUCCAGUCUAUUUAGCUCCAGCAGCCAGCUCUUUCCUCCUUCUCGGCUUCGGUAUAAUAGGUCUGAUAUUAUGCCUUCUGGCCGCAGUAGAUUAUUGGAAGAUUUCAGAAACAACCGCUUCCCAAACCUUCAACUUAGAGACUUGAUUGGACAUAUAGUUGAGUUUUCUCAAGACCAGCAUGGUUCUAGGUUCAUACAGCAGAAGUUAGAGAGAGCUACUCCAGCCGAACGACAGAUGGUAUUUAAUGAAAUUUUACAAGCAGCCUAUCAAUUAAUGACAGAUGUUUUUGGCAACUAUGUUAUACAGAAAUUUUUUGAGUUUGGAAGUUUGGAUCAAAAACUAGCCUUGGCUACUCGUAUUCGUGGUCAUGUUCUGCCUUUAGCCUUACAGAUGUAUGGCUGCCGUGUUAUUCAAAAAGCAUUAGAGUCUAUUUCUUCUGACCAGCAGAGUGAAAUGGUAAAGGAGCUAGAUGGUCAUGUACUCAAAUGUGUGAAGGAUCAGAACGGAAACCACGUUGUACAAAAAUGUAUUGAAUGUGUUCAGCCACAGUCACUGCAGUUCAUCAUUGAUGCUUUCAAAGGACAAGUAUUUGUGCUUUCAACCCAUCCUUACGGCUGCAGAGUAAUUCAACGUAUUCUAGAGCAUUGUACUGCAGAACAGACCUUACCCAUCUUGGAAGAACUUCACCAACAUACAGAGCAGUUAGUACAGGAUCAGUAUGGCAAUUAUGUUAUUCAGCAUGUACUAGAACAUGGUCGGCCUGAAGACAAGAGCAAAAUUGUUUCUGAAAUCAGAGGAAAGGUGUUAGCUCUGAGUCAACACAAAUUUGCCAGCAAUGUGGUAGAAAAGUGUGUUACUCAUGCCUCCCGUGCUGAGAGAGCUUUACUGAUUGAUGAAGUUUGCUGCCAGAACGAUGGUCCUCACAGUGCCUUAUACACCAUGAUGAAGGAUCAGUAUGCCAAUUAUGUGGUUCAGAAGAUGAUUGACAUGGCUGAACCUGCUCAGAGAAAGAUAAUCAUGCACAAGAUUCGACCUCACAUUACUACUUUGCGCAAAUACACAUAUGGGAAGCAUAUACUGGCCAAGUUGGAAAAAUAUUAUUUGUUGUUUCUGGACCAGUUUGUCUAA